CUUAAAGAAAUUUUGUGGGUAUUAGAAAGAGUAGUAGCUGCAAGAAGCACUAAGGACACAGACCGAUUCCGAUGGAAAAAUAGUCCUUUUUUGGUGGACCGAAUCUCUAACCCACCACCCAACACCCCAAACUGGAUAAUCUUCCAGACAUAUUUUGGCCGUGAUACAGAAAAUAAUGAAAAUUAUCCCAUAUCAGAACUCAAUAGCGAUGAUGAAACAACAGCCGAUAGUGACUACGAGCUCAUUGCUGGGCCGAGCACUAAUUUACCCCAAAAAAAAUAUGUAACAAGAAAUAGGGGCAAGAAA